AUGAUACCACAUUUUGGUAGUGAAGAAGAGUUUAGUAAGAACGCAAUAAAGAAAGGAGGAUUUAUUGAUAAGAUUGAUGAAUUAUUAGAAAAGAAUUUACCUGCUAAUGAAAUAAGAAAAUUUUUAGGUAAUCAGUGUGAUAUUAAUGUAGAACAAAUCUUUAACAAAAUACCAUCAGUAACUAAUUACAGUUCUAAUCAAUUUAAUAGAAUUCAAAGAUAA